AUUCCCCACCCCAGGGUGCUCUGAGUCACCUCUUAAUCCUGUUGGCGGGCAAAGGGGUAAGCCUAGGAAGCUAAUCAAUAAAACAGUAUCCAGUGGAGUGGAAACGAAGGCUUUGAAGACUCUUCCCGUAUGCUGUGAGUUCUCAGUGACCUUCGCUCAGGCCGCGCUCGGGAUUUCGAGCCCAUGUGGUGCCGGGCAUUCUCUUCCCUCACGGGAAAGCAGCGGGCCCUCCCGGAGCUGGGCGGGUUGGAAGAAGGCGCGCUCUGCCAGGCGGCCACACCUGCCCCGGACGGAUCAUUCCAGAGCGCAUUUCCGCUACCAGCGCCAAGUCUAACUGGAGGCUCAUUGGCUUGCCAGAGAAGAGUGACAGGUCCUGAGCCAAUGGGAGAUAAAGCUAGCCGAGCCCUAGGACCCCUGCUUCCUGUUUGGGCAUCAGCCCCGCUCGCCUCUUGCAGUGAGCUGCUGCUGUGCGGAACUGGGGGGAUGGCGGGGUCUACCGUCUCAGGGGUCGCUCCUCGCCAUCCCUUUAGCUCGGGUCUGUAGGAGUGUUCCCCACGGGGUUCUAAUCCGAACUGUAAUGUCAGUUGAACCGAGCUCCGUGGUCCCACGGGUGCCUGCGAGGGCGAGAACCAUCCGGUGCAGCUUCUGCCUUGGGCCGGCGCCCACCGGAGGUUUCACCCCAUUUUAUAGUCGAGGCAGCCGCGGCCCAGCGUAGCCCCCGGGCCCUUAACCGAUUGAGCUGAGACUGGAAAGCCCGCUGCGGGACCUGAAGCACGGAGAGUGCCGGGGCGGGAGACGUAUUCUUGAGGCGGCCAUCAGCUCUGUACCCCGGUGUUUCCUCGAGGCUCCCCACCAAAAGGACCCACCUGAGAAGAUGAAGGGCACAGGGUCAGGAUCAAGAUAAGGCAGCUGCAGCCCCUGGAAGGCCGGAGGCUUGACAGUGCGGUACAAGGUGUUUAUCUGCAAGAACCUCCUCAAUUCCAGCCCGAACCCUCGGUUCCGUGGCCCACCCCGCCAGGAGGUGGCUAACAGAGGGCCCUGCCCCGGCAUGGCGGAGGAGCGGCCCGGGGCCUGGUUCGGCUUUGGCUUCUGUGGCUUCGGGCAGGCUUUGGGCUCCGGGCCAGGGCACCAGGUGCACAGCCCCGAGCCGCUGGCGGUGCCAGGCGUGGGCAUCGACAUCUGCCGCGUGAGCGCGAGCUGGAGCUACACCGCCUUCUUGACCCGUAAGCGUCCCCACCGCUGUCCCCAUUCCGGCCGGCAGACAGGGCCUCCGGGCCCCUGUCUAGACCCCUUCCCGUUCUGGUUCGCGGCCCUGGCUGCAUACCCACCCCCUUCCCAGCCUGUUCUCACCUCCGUCGCAGGUGGAGGCUGCACCGAGCUGUCGGGCUCUGGGAGCGGCGCGGUUGGCGGCUGCAGGGACUUGUGGGCCUCGGAGGCGCUCCUCGCGGUGCUGCGCUCGGGGCCCGGACCCGGGGCAGAGCUGCAGAUCUGGUCGCCCGGCGCCGCACUGCGCGGCGAGCCCCUCUGGGUCCAGACUGUGGUGCUGGAGGCCGCGGGGGAACUCGGACCUGGCGGUGAGGCCCAGGCCGGGGCGCUGCCCCUGUUGCCUGGUGCUUGCGCCUACGUGAGCCCUCGGCCGCCCUUCUACCGGCCUCUGGCCCCGGAGCUGCGGGCACGCCGGCUGGAACUGGGUACCGAGCAUGCAUUAUUGUUGGAUGCCUCAGGCCAGGUGUUUUCCUGGGGCAGCGGCAGGCAUGGACAGCUUGGCCAUGGGACCCUGGAGGCAGAGCUGGAGCCAAGGCUGCUGGAGGCGCUACAGGGCCUGCCCAUGGCUGAGGUGGCAGCAGGCGGCUGGCACUCUGUGUGUGUGAGUGAGACUGGGGAUCUUUAUACCUGGGGCUGGAAUGAGUCAGGGCAGCUGGCCCUGCCCUCCAGGGGCCUGGCUGAGGACGGAAGGACAGUCACAAAGGAAGCCACUAGGCUGGCCGUGGAUGGUUCUGAAGUGAAGGGAGCAGCCGAGGGUGAGGAUGGAGCCCCUGCCCCCUUCAUCGCUGUGCAGCCUUUCCCAGCUUUACUGGAUCUCCCUCUGGGCUCAGAUGCAGUCAAGGCCAGCUGUGGGUCCCGGCACACAGCUGUGGUGACACGAGCCGGGGAGCUCUACACCUGGGGCUGGGGUAAAUAUGGACAGCUUGGCCAUAAGGACACGAACAGCUUGGAUCGCCCCUGCCGCGUGGAAUACUUUGUAGAUAAGCAACUCCAAGUAAAGACUGUGACCUGCGGCCCCUGGAACACCUAUGUGUAUGCUGUGGAACAAGGGAAGAGCUAAUGAAGCCUGUAUCCAGGUAGCUGAACAAAAAAAGCUAACCCUGUUUUAAUCCAAAAACAAGUUUGAGUGAAUUAUGUGUGUGUGUGUAUAUAUAGUUAUAUAUAGAAAAGUACAUAAAAUUCAUGUACAGUUUAUUAAAUGUAAGGUCAGUACCUCUGAAACUCCCACACAGGUCAAGGUAACGACAUUCCAGCAUCCCAAAGGUCUCCCAUAUGCCCCCCCAUCACAUUUUCUCUCCUCAUCUUAGAGCACUGUCCUCAACUUUGCACAUCAGAAACACCCUGGACAGCUUUGAAAAAUGUGAUGCUCAAGGUUAGCAUCCCAGACAUGAAAUCAGAAACUCUGGGUGUGGAACCAGGACAUUGGUAGGUUUUAAAGCUCCCUUCCCACCUCAGAUGAUUUUGAGGUACAGCCAAGAUUGGGAACCACUAGAGGUCAUCUGGAAACCCUGGUGGCAUAGUGGUUAAGCGUUACAGCUGCUCACCAAAGGGUCAGCAGUUCAAAUCCGCCAGGGGCUCCUUGGAAAAUCUAUGGGGCAGUUCUACUCUGUCCUAUAGGGUCGCUAUGAGUCGGAAUUGACUUGAUGGCACUGGGUUUGGGGUUUAGAGGUCAUCUUCAUCAUUUACUUCCCUAAUUUAUAACUUUAUCACCUUUUUAUGGAUCCUUACACACCAUGACUUAGUGUCUCUGCUUCCGAACUUUAGAUAAAUGGAAUCAUUCCAUGUAUACUCUUUUGCUUCUUAUUUCUUUCAGUCAACAUGGUAAACCCAUCCACGUUGUGUGCUGCUUUGAUUAUUGUAGAUUUACAGCAGGUGGGAUGACAUUUAAAGUGCUGAAAGAAAAAAAACCUAUCAACCAAGAGUUCUAUAUCUGUCAAAUCUGUCCUUCAACAAUGCAGGAAAUUAGGACAUUCCUAGAUAAACAAAAACAGAGGGAGUUCAUCACUAGGAGACUUGCCCUACAAGAAAUGCUAAAGGCAGUCCUCUAGGCUAACUUGAAAGGACAGUAGACUUCAAGCCAUACAAAGAAAUAAAGAAUAAUGGUAAAUAAACAACACACCCUUAAACACCAAUGGGUCAAAGAAGAAAUCAAAACUCUUAGAAGAAAACAUAGGAGUAAAUCUUCAUAACCUUGGAUUUGGGAAUGGAUACUUGGAUAUGACAAAAGUGAAAAAUUAGAUAAACUGGAUGUCAUCCAAAAUAGCUUUUAAAAGUACAAAGUUGGAAGGCUAACACUACUCAAUUUUAAGAAUUAUUAUAAAUCUGCAGUAACCAAUAUAGUAUGGUAAUGGCAUAAGGAUAGACACACAGACAAAUGAAACAGGAGAGUCCAGCAAUAAACCCACACAUACAUGGACAAGUGAUUUGUGACAAAGGUGCAAAGGCAAUGCUUUUCAAUUAAUGGUGUUGGAUACUAGGUAUGCAAAAAGAAUGAACUUAAAGCUAUACUGUGUGUGCCACAUACAUACACACAAUGGACAGACAUAAAUAUGAUACCUAAAUGUAUAAAACUUCUAACUUCUGCUCUUCAAGACACUAUAAAGAGAACGAAAACACAAGCCACAGACUGGAAGAAAAUCUUUGCAAAGCACGUUAUCUGAUAAAGGACUUGUAUCCAGAAUAUAUAAAGUACACAGGUGGUGUAAAUGGUUAAUGCGCUAGGCUGCUAACCGAAAGGCAGGAGGUUCAAGUCCACGCAGAAGGCCUGGUGAUCUGCUUCAGCCAUUAAAAACCCUAUGGAGUGCAACUCUGCUGACACACGUCGGGUCGCCAUGAGUCGGAACUGACUCCACAGCAGCUGGCCUUACCCAGAAUACACGGAGAACUCUCAGUGAGAGUACAAGCCAACUUUAAAAAGGCAAGAGUUGAAUGGACACUUCACCAAAGAAGACAGAAAGAUUACAAACACAUGAAAACAUGGUCAAUGCCAAUAGCCAUUCCAAAUGCCCCACAGGGUUUCCAAGGCUGUAAUUUUUAUGGAAGUAGCCAGCCACAUCUUUCUCCCGUGGAGUGGCUGAUGAGUUCCAACUGCUGACCUUUUGGUUAGGCAAGCAAUUAACCACUGCAGCACCAGGUCUCCUUCAUUAACCAUUAAACCAAAAAAAAAAAAAACCAAACCUGUUGCUGUCAAGUCAGUUCGACUCAUAGCGACCCUAUAGGACAAUAGAACUGCCCCACAGUUUCCAAGGAGCACUUGGUGGAUUCAAACUGCUGACCUACACUUAGCAGCCGUAGCACUUUACCACUACACCACCAGGGUUUCCUCAUUAGCCAUUAGGGAAAUGCAAAGUAAAACCACUAUGAGAUAGAACUAUACACCCAUUCCAAAAAAUAAAAAAGCAACCCACUGCUGACAAGUCCAACUCAUAGUGACCCUACAGGACAGAGAACUGCCCCAUAGGGUUUCCAAGGUGCGGCUGGUGAAUUUGAACUGCUGACCUUUUUGGUUAGCAGCCAAGCUCUUAACCACUGUGCCAUCAGGGCUCCACACACCCACUACAAUGGCUAAAAUUAAAAAGACUGAUCACGCCAAGUGUUGGACAGGAUGUGGAGAACCUUGAAAUCUUAUACAUUACUGGUGGGAAUGCAAGUGGUACAACUACUUUGGAGAACAGUUUGGUAGUUUCUUAAGAAGUUUAACAUGCACCUGCCAUACGUGUGAUCUAGCCAUUCCACUCUUACUUACCCAAAAGAAAAAGAAAACACAUAUUCAUAGAAAGACUUGUAUAUAAAUGUUCACAGCAGUACUUAGGAAUAUAAAGGAAUGAACUAUGGAUACAAACAAUAUGAGUGAAUCUCAAAAUAACGAACAAAGCCAGAACAACAAAGAGUAUACACUGUAUGAUUCUACUUCUAUGUAAGUCUAGACAAUGCAACCUAAUCCACUUGACUGAAAGCAGUUCAGUGGUUGCUUGGGGGGUGGGGGGGCGGUGAAGAAGGCAUUUAUAAAGGGGCAAAAAAAACUUUUGGGGGUAAUAUGUUCCCUAACUUGAUCAUAGUGAUGGUUUCACGGGUAUAUACGGUGUCAAAAUUUAUCAAAAUACACUUUAAAUAUGUAUUUCUUUUAUGUCAAUUAUACCUCAAUAAAGUUAAAAAAAAAAAAAAA